AUGGUUAUAAUUUGGAUCUUGUUCCUGAGUUUGUUGCAGGAGUCGUGGUCCCUGGGGCGGGCCGAGGGGGUGCCCGAGGCCACCGGAGCCUCCCCGAGCGACCCCCGGCCGCGCCGGGAUGCGGGGGGCCGCGGCGGCGUCUACGAGCACCUCGGGGGAGCACCCAGGCGCAGGAAACUCUACUGUGCCACCAAGUACCACCUCCAGAUCCACCCCAACGGCAAGAUCAACGGCACCCUGGAGAAAAACAGCGCCUUCAGUAUUCUUGAAAUAACUGCUGUUGAUGUUGGAAUUGUUGCCAUCAAGGGCUUAUUCUCUGGCAGAUACCUGGCCAUGAACAAAAGGGGCAGACUUUAUGCAUCGGAAAACUAUAAUGCAGAGUGUGAGUUUGUGGAGAGGAUCCAUGAAUUGGGUUAUAACACCUACGCGUCACGUCUCUACAGGACUGUCCCCAACAGAGCUGGCACCAAGCGUAAAGCCAGUGCAGAGAGACUCUGGUACCUCUCAAUCAAUGGGAAAGGACGACCCAGGAGGGGCUUUAAAACUCGCAGGACACAGAAAUCAUCUCUCUUUCUGCCCAGAGUUUUGGAUAACAAAGACCAUGAGAUGGUCCGACUGUUCCACACAAACAUGAAAUAUCGGGAGAGUCUCCUAAAGCCCCCGAGCAAGAACCAGAGAAGAAGGAGAGGACGCUGA